AUGGCCAAUUCCACCAUGGUGAUGGAGUUUCUCCUUGAGGAUUUUGCUAACAAAUGGGAACUAAGGUUCCUGCACUUCUUGUCAUUUCUUCUGAUGUAUUUGGCCACCCUGAUAGGAAAUCUACUCAUCCUCAUCGCUACCACAUUUGACCAGAACCUCCACACACCCAUGUACUUUUUCCUCAGAAACCUCUCCAUCUUAGAUGUGUCUUAUGUUUCUGUCACUGUCCCCAAUGGUUGUAUCAACUCUCUAACUAAAAACAGGUCUAUAUCUGUAGCUGGGUGUGGGACACAGAUCUUCCUAGUCAUUUAUUGUGCUUAUGUAGAACUUCUAUUCCUGACAAUCAUGGCCCAUGAUCGCUAUGUGGCCAUUUGCAAGCCUCUCUACUACCCAGUCAUCAUGAACUACCAGUUCUGUCUCCAGAUGACACUGGUCUCCUUGUUAAGUGGCCUCAUCUAUGCAGGGGUGCACACAGGCAGCACAUUCCGGCUGUCCUUCUGUCAGUCCAAUGUGGUCCACCAGUUUUUCUGUGACAUCCCCUCUCUGUUGAGGCUCUCCUGCUCUGACACCUUCAGUAAUUUGCUCCUACUUAUUAUAUCUAUUAUUGUGGUUUGUGGUGGCAGUUUUAUCUGUAUCACCAUGUCAUACAUUCACAUACUUUCCACUGUGCUGAAGUUUCCAACCAGAGAAAGAGGAAAAGCAUUUUCUACCUGUGUUCCUCACAUUAUUGUGGUACUUGUCUUCCUUAUUUCUGGCAGCUAUGUGUACCUAAAGCCUUCAACUGCAUCUGAAACUUUUCAGGAAAUGUUUUUUUCAGUAUUUUACACCAUAGUUCCUCCUUUCUUGAAUCCUGUCAUCUAUAGUCUUAGAAACAAACAGGUAAAGGAGGCUGUAAAGAAAAUAUUAUUAAAAUUUCACCUAAGAAAAUAA